UUUAUAUUUGCAUAGAAAUCGACGACGUCGUCUGGUAUCCAUUACGUGGCUGAGCAGAAGCGUCGUGUCAUCGUCCCCUUCUCUCCCUCUCUCGACUGCCAUGCCGAUCGAGUAGAGCUCUCUCUCCUCGAAGAGAAAUCAGGACCUUCUGAAAGUGAGGUUUGCAGUGCAGUUCAGUGAAUUGUGCAACCAUCUUCAGUCUAUAGAAGCCUUCUUGUAGAGAGGCGAGCUAAAGCUGCCUGGUAAGCUGUAUGGGACUGGUUGCUACCUGAUGAUCUAUACUGCUAAAUGGAACUGUAAAUGAGAGUGGACUACUUUUCUUCUGCUUAUCAUGUCAGACUGUCCUCAAAAACAUGUGUUGAGUGAUGGAAAAGCUAGGGCAUUGAUGGCACACCAGGUGCAAGCAAGCUGUGAUCAAGCAUGCCAAGUUCAUGAACACGGUGCUACUCAUAGUGAGAGAAAGGAACAAGGUAAUGAUGAUAGGAAGGGGCAGACUGCUAUUCAGAUCUCUGUGUCUAAAAAAGCUGAAAGGUUAGACGUAGACAAGGGCCUCACUAAUAUUUCUGAAUACAAGAAAAUAAGGAGAUAUGGACCAGUGGGGUUAGAGCUGGCACCUGAUUUUGUCCAAUCUGGAAAAGAAUUGUUAAAUCAGAGCAGAAGAGUCGGGAUCACAAAUGAGUUUCCCAUGGGAAACUCAGGAAACUUGCUCUUUCCCGAUGUGAAAGCAGAACAGUCAGACUCCCUGUAUAUUUGCAAGCUAUCAGGAUUUCCUGCAUAUCAGGACAACUGCGUUGCUUCUUCGUUUCCUUACUUUGGAAACACAAGAUCAGAACAACAACACUUUCCAAAGUUCAACUUCAGUCAAAAACUGGAGAAUAUUUUGCCUCCAUACAUGGAGUUGCCCAUCUUCAACAGACAUCCUUUUAGGCAUCAAAUUGCUGUAAAAUCAGGAUACAAUGCCAUCAAUGUAGGCUCAAGUAACUCAAAUUUACUACUAACAGAAUUGGCAUUGCCUCCAACUGAAAUUCGUUUCCAAGUAGAAGGUACAGUACAAAGACUGGAACAGCAGAAACAACCAUACGAUUCUCCUGACAAGAAAGUUUUGUCUGUUCAGACCUUCAAGGAUGAUUUAACAGGUUCAACUUCCAAUUCUGUACCAUGUGGAUUUAAAUCCAGGGGACUAAAUAUAAGGUCACAUGCAAGACAAAAAGAUGAGAAGGAUCAACCUAGCUUUGGGUUAGCAUGCAAAGAACCUGUUGCAAAUACCCGUUUUACUCUUACCGAAGAUGAACACCAUAACUGUCACAGCUGCUAUACUUUCGUGGCCUCCGAUGAAAUGGAUAAAGGACUGAUUGCUAAAGCUUCUCGAAAUCCAAGUGCGAGGAAGAAGGAUGGGGUCCUGAAACUGAAUGACAAUUCUUUAACAGAUGAUUUUCAUCUCCCAGUCCUUGUUGGAGAACAGGGAAGAGGAAUAAAAAACGUCAUCAGCAGAUUGCCACUGAGCCACAGCAGCACACCUGCACAUCACUUGCUACGAAGAAUGCCAUCGGGCUCUCUCCAUGAUGUGGAAACAUUGCAAAUAUGCUCGACUGUGGAUUCUGUGGAGGGAGUUCCUGGACGUCCUCCAAAGCUCUCGAAGACAACCCAUCAUCUUUUGAUCACAAAGAAAACUGAUGUAAAUUUGUCCAAGGGAGACCAAUUGAUUACAAAGUCAGCUGCCUCUGCUGAAUUCAAACGAAGUUCGUUCCAUGAAAUGAUUGCCGUGCCUCCUGUUUUCUACAGCCAAGGUAAGGACAAAGCAAAGUUUCAACAUCUGGGAAACUCAACUGAUAGUGAAGAGAAGCAAGAUGGGAAUGCCAUCACGACGGGUUUUUUGCGUAUACAGAAUGAGUCAUCAGCUGAAACAGAUAACAUAUCUCUUGGUGUUAAUCAAUCCAGACCCUCUCUUCCAGGCAUGUGCUUUUAACUGAUCCCUAAAUCCAUAAUUCUGUUAAAGCAUAGCCUGAACUAAAUAUGAACGAAGGUUUAAUUUCUUCACCAUCACAUAAGGUUGGAUUGGUGGGCCAAAAUGCAGAAAAUUCUCUGGCAGCAGUGGCUUCAACGAGCAAAGAAGUGAGAAUCAGAAAUGUGGCAACUGCAUCACCCAAUAUUCAGGAAGAGCUUCUUUCCAACUUAGCCGUAGCCACUUCUGUUGACGACAGGGGAUUGAGCACAUUGAGAACUGAGAGUUUUGAUGUGGAACACGUCCUUUCCCAUGUUGAGCAGCCCGAGAGUUCAAAUUUCAGUCCUCAUCAGGGCAGUGCUCUCGGCCCAGAGCCAAGCAGCAAAUGGGUUAAGCGUCUCAGGCUAAGCACAAUGGAACCCCUUGCCCUUGGUACGAAGAGUUCUAAAACUGGUGUUGCAUCACCCUGCAAGAAAGUAAAUACGCCAUUUAGCAGAAUAACAAAUGACAGCAAAAUGAGCUCGGAACCUCUAUUGGUUAAACCACUUGGGGCAGUACCACAGCAGUUGGACAAUACCAUGAUGUUAUUGAAAAACAGAGAGUUUUCUUCAAUGGAUUUAGUGAAGGGCCAUCCAGAUCUAAGUGCAUCAUAUUCUUGGAUUCAGAGAUGGUGUCACCGUCAAGAGGUUACUGAACAGGAGAGAGCAGCACCACAGGUGGUGGUGUGCAAGCCAGAAAAUCCAAAGGCAACUCUUGAAGAGGUUCAAAGGAAGCAGUUCCCAAGCAUUGCAGCCAUGGCAUUGAUGGGAAAGGCAGUAAGCAAUUUCCGACCAUGUGAAUUCAGGAAAAGGGGUUCCCUUGUGGUUUGGAAUACUGAGGGGUUUUGAGGACUUUUAAGGCUGGUUAGUGAGGGAUGCAUGUUUGACUGCAGCAGCCGCGGAAUUAAUGGGAAAAUCCUAUGUACCAGAAAAGAAGAGAUGCUCUUGCAGGAUAAGGGAUUCUGAAUUUGGUGAUGGGAGUGUAAAAUCUCAGAUCAUGGAUCAUUUGUUGAUUUCCAGCAAUUGGAGUCUUAUGGAAUGGAUCAGUUGUACCUCUGUUAUGUGGGAUAGAACUGAUGGGGAUGUGAUCGAGAAAUAGCUGAAGUGCAGUGGUUGAAUCGAUUUCAUGGUGACUUCCAUCUUCUUCUGUGCCAGAGAUGAUGAUGCUGCCCCUCUUCUCUGCCAAUCCGCCUUCAGACUCCUUCAUUACAUUAUCCACUUGCUUGAGAUCCAUGACACACAGAGAGAGAGAGAGAGAGAGAGAGAGAGAGGAGGAGCUUGAAUCACACACACCUGCUCGCCCUUUUCUUUCUUGCCUGACACUUGCGACUGUUUUGAAGUGUUGGUCUUAGUUCUUUAUUUGUUUUGAAAAGCGUCGCAUGGUGAGCUUAUAACGAUGGACAGAGCAUUUUGGUGGCUGCCACACCCACAUGUCUGCUUAUAUGAAUUAUUUUGUUAGCGCUGGCAAUGGCGGCUCUACUAGGUUGUUCAGGCCCGGAUUUUGAAUGAAUCGAAGCUGGGCCCGUCGGGCGGGCCAAUUCAAAUCAUGGUUCACAGACUAAAAACUCGGCUUGACCUGAUUGCUAGCCGAGUCGGGUCAACUCAAAGACUCAAUCGAGUCUUUAAUCGACUAAACCUGGUUUUCCUUCCUUUUUAUAGUCAAGACGUGCGGUCUCACCAUUUUGGUUCAAGGCCCCCUAUAUAAUUUUAAUUUUGAAACAAAAAGCGGUUGAUCAGCCUUGUAAAUGGUCCGUUAAUAUCAUUAUUAGUUUCUUUUAAAUCCUUCAUUUUAAUCUUUUCACCUUCUACUCAAUUCUACUAAUGGAUGGCCCCACAAAUCUCCAUUAUUUAAAUUGCCCUCUAAAAGAUUU